CAUGGAUGAAUAUAUACUAACGUACAUUAUAAUGUAAUAUCUUCGUCCAUGGUUACGUUUUUUGACGCAUUGACGCGCCGCUGCAAAGCUGUUUACGAAAUUUGCCCGUCAUCUAAAGCUCAUAUUUUGAAGUUAAAUCGUGUUUUUUCUUAGUGUAACUUCCGAUAGAUUGUCUGUUAAAGUGUUUUUCAUUAGCACCUGGCAAUGGUAACCCAGAAAUUCUCCCCAGAAGCUUUCAAAUUUGAUCAUCUCUCAGGUUGAGGUUAACUGCUCUUGAACUUGUAAAAAUGGGCAUUAUCUUAUCAAAAUUCAGAAAAAAGAAAUCCAGUGAAGAAGUCUUGGAAUCUAUUGAAGAGACGAUCAGCAGCAUCGAAGAAUCUCAAAAAGAGUCACAGUUGCAACAGAAGAAAAUCAGACAAUUUUCCUAUAUAUCAGUCACAUUUUUAGUUAUCGCAGCUUUCUCAUAUGUCUACUUCUUCUCCAAAACACUCCGGCGCCCUCAAACCGUGCUUAUUAUCAUACCAGUUUUAGUCUUAGGGGAAGUCUUAAGAAGAUUUAUUACAUGGUAUUAUCAAAGAAAAAUAAAGCAAACUCAGAAAAAAUUGAUUGACUUGCGCGCUCAAAAAAAGAGAAUCCUUGAUGAGGUAAUGAAUAAUGAAACUUUCAACAAAGCCAAAGAAAUUUUGGAGAAAUAUGCGCCGGAUCAGCUACCAAAAGGAUCAGGCAUGGUUGUUCCUUUACUUGGUCACAGGGCCACACCAGUCAGUGGAGCAAAAACGCCCGCAGUCAAUAACCCUGCAAAGAAAAGUUUGUUUUCUCCCGAUAAAUCAGUAGUUCCUUCCCCGACAGUCAUCAGUCGUCGGUCUCUAGUCAACUCACAACCUUCUCACAAUUUACCAAGACCCAUUUUACCCACGGAGAAAACAAUUUUGGAAAAAUUAGUGGAGUUGAUCGUGGGUGACGGGCCCAGUCAAAGAUUUGCAUUAAUCUGUAGUGCGUGCAAUUCACAUAACGGCAUGGCUCUGAAGGAAGAGUUUGAAUAUUUAGCUUACAAAUGUGCUUACUGUGGGUACUUCAAUCCAGCACGGAAGCAGAGGCUUGUAGCUCCAAAGCUUCUUGAUAGUGUAAGCAAUUGGGCUGAUGAUUCAACUCUCAAUGCAUCAAUUCCUGGGUCAAGAGGUGUUCCAUCAACAGCUUUGAGAGCGAAUAAUCUCUUAGAAGACCAGGGUGGUGAGGAUAUAAUAAGUGAUAAAUCAUCUACAAACUUGAAUCGGGUGAUGGACGGUGAGUCAAAUGGGGAAGCAGUGGGUGAAGUUGGUCAUGUAGUAGAUAAUACAUUUGGUGAACAUGUUACAAACCCAGUAGACAAUGAAAUCAGUAGAAAGGUGAUCAAUGACGAUAGCAAUAAAUUAAAUGGUGAAGUCGAUAGUGAAAUCAUAUGUCAGAAGAAUUCUGCACUCAUGGAUGAUAUGAAAAUGGAAGUGGAUGAAAGCCUAACAGAAAAAGAUCUGGGCGAGUACGUCUCGGACGAAGAGUCAUCAUCAGAAACUGAAAGUCCUCUGAAAACUGCAGAAACAGCCAAAGUACACUGAUGUAGUGACAAUAACCAGAUUCUGUAGUCCAGUAAUUCUGCGCUCCAAUUUCUAUUUUCUGAACUUCUCACUCUUAUAACAAUAAUUCUCACAAUUCAACUGUAUCAUUCAUUUCUUUUAAUCAAUUUUUUUUCAUGAAUCAAUCCAGAUAUAUUCUUAAUAUUUUUUUAAAAAAAUAUAAUUCUUGAGGUGCACUGCUUGUUUUGCACCUGACCUUAUGGCUUUCUUUCGAUCUAAAACUGACAGUUGUAGAUUACUACAGCAUAAGGGAAAACUUCGCUCAUCUCUGUUCAAUUAUUGUAAUAUAUAUAUAUAUAUAUAAACUUAUUUUAAACUUC